AUGACGAUAAGUCAUCUUUUUAUCUGGUUGUCAGGCUUCAGCAUAAACUUGGGGGUUGGCCAAAUCAUCAAUGCUGAAGCUAGGGGGUUGCUUUCUGGGUUGAAACUUGCUUCUGACCUGAAUAUCAGAAAGCUUGAAGUAGAAUCUGACUCGGCUAUCUUUGUUAAGUUGCUGAUUGAUGGUUGCCCUAUAUCUCAUCCUUUAGGCAACAUUAUCAACAGUUGUAGACAUCUAAUCAAUGGUUUUGAAGACGUUAGGAUCCGACAUAUUUUCAGGGAAUGCAACUAUACUGCUGAUGCUCUUGCUAAGGGAAGUCUCAGCCAUGACUAUGGUAUUGUGAUUUUUGACACCCCUCCCCCUCAUGUUGCUAGUGCUUUCACUGAUGAUCUUUGCAAUCUCCCAAGAGCUAGGAGAGUUAGAACAGGGCCUGAGGGCUAA